AUGGCCGGUCAACUUGCGACUGUUUGCUGCAUUAUCUUUGGAGCCAUUAUUCUCCUUCCUGGGGCGCAGUCAAGGCCCCAUCAGACCAUCUACGAUGCUAAAAGGGAGAUUUCAAUAUUAAAACGAUACUUCUUGAAAUAUCGAUCAUACCAGAAUGAUCGAACAGUACAAGGAGCAGAUCAUUGUGUGUCACUAAUAGUGACUAAUACUGCUUAUGGUGUCAGCGAUGCCAUCUUCCGCUACAAGUGGACUCCCGGUGGUGAUUACCAAUCCAAACUCGUUGAGUUAAGGACUCACAAAUCACAGCCUCGAAGUAUUAUGGACAACAUGAUUACAACAACCGAUAAAGGAACAAGAAGACAGCUGUACAAUCAGAGGCUUCAGUACUCCGACUACCAACACUGUCGAGUGCUUGUUCAGGAAUUUGGAGGCCGAAAAGAGUGUAGCCUCUGGUUGAGCCCUGAGAGGAGACAAGGGCCUGUUCCGACUCCAUGUAGCACGGCCUACACUGCCAUUUGCCAACAGAGAGUGUACCAAAUUGAUGACACUGCUCGAUGCCGUUAG